AUGUCUCCAUCUUACCUCACCGCCUUCCUCUCCGCCAUGCUCCUCGCAGCACCAGCCUUGGUCCGCGCAUCCCCCCUGCAAUCACCCCCGAACCCCCUCCUCCAGCGCGGCAGCUACUCGGGCCAGAUGACCUGGAUCGGCCCCACAACAGGCGCCUACACGUCGUGCGGCGCUGUCUACGACGACAGCAGCAUGUACGUCGCUGUCGACCCGUCGCUCCUCCAGUGCAGCGGCGAGUCCGGCACCUCCAUGACCAUCACCUGCAACGGCAAGACCGUCCAGGCCACCGCCAUCGACAAGUGUAUGGGCUGUGCUUCUGACCACAUCGAUGUCGCUACUGCUGUCUAUGAGGCAUGUGGGUUCAGCACGUCUGAUGGAGGGUCGCAGACCUCUGGAAUCAGCUGGAGCUUUUAA